AGGUGUCGCCCUUCCCAUCGGCAGUUUGUUUCUUGCCUCUUUGUAUAUCCAUCUGGAUCGUUUAGCGACAGACAUGUAUGUCUCCAAUGGGUAUAUGAAAGUGGAUUCGUACGUCCACGUCGCCUUCCUCCAAGCAUGGUUGUGGGAGCAUUUCAAAAAUUAUGCUCCCAACCCGGGAACCUCAUUUCCUGACACGUAUGGCGGCUCCAAGAUACUUCAUUAGUUAGAUAGGCGUCCAAGGCCUGGCGCAAAGCUCAUUGAUUUUCUUGACAGCUCGCAUGCAGUUAACUUUCGUCCUUGGGCUCCGGCCCACGCCUCCAUAGUUCAACCAGACACUUUUGCUUCCGCACCGAACGUGAUAUUGCAUUCUGCUAGCGAAAAUAUGAGUAUUGGAGAAACUGUGUUCUUGCGAAGCUACAUACCCGGGCAUGUGCCAUCUCUUUUCAGAGGGUCUUGUGGAGUAGUCCCUUACAACAUUGACAGGUAUGCUCGACAUAUGGGCUUCGAUCAGGGAGUCCCAUUCCGUCGCCCAUCGAAAGCUCCAGAUGAAUUGCUACCCGCCAUUCUUGAUUACAGUGUCUUUGCACCGGAUAAAAGCCUUCCCUUCUUGCUCCCAGAACGAAAACCUGUGACGACUCCAAAAUAUAAUAUCUUCUGGCAAGAUGAGUUUAUCUCCAUUCAUCAGUUUGUGCAGGAUGUUGUGACAAAUCUACGUGGUAAACCUUCCUCCGCGGUUCUAGCGAAGCAUAAAUUGCUGAAAGAUCUUUCUUCGGGCAAGCGAAAAUCGUCUAGCUUGGAUGCAGAUAGUCCCCAGAAAAAUGAGCAAAGGUCGAAAAAUCGUGUAGGUGGCUUCCAAUCGGAUUCGACGGCUCUUGUGACUUUCAGUUCUUUCAACACGCAGGUCUUGGCAACUCAAAUAUCUUGCCAUACUUUCCCGUGGCCAAAAGACAGUGCCUCUUGAGGGAGGAAGUGACAAGACUGAAUCUCUUGAAGAAGAAUCCGAAGAGGAAGAAAGUUUGAGAUCCGGUGAUGAGAGGAGCACUUCUGAAUACAACAACGAGCCUUCUUCCAAUGGGCCCAUAAAUGAGUCGGCGAGUUUUCACACGCUUUUCCUUUUGGAUUUAUUUAAUUAUAUGGAGCAAAUAUUCAAUUGGUGAUAUCCCAGGAAAAAGCCGCUUCUGAAAGUAACCCUGAGAUGGAGAUUCAUGACAAUGGAGAUAUAACUGUGUCUCCAAUCAUGGAAACCGUACCCGCUGGUAAUCUGGAGAUGGAGAUUGAUCGCCGUGAAGAUGCUGAUGUGUCCCUAAUGGCGGAAAAUGUUGUUGUGACGACGGGCGUGAUUGUUCCCAAAGAAUCAUUGCUAGUUGCACAUCCAGCAGCAGGUGUUGUUUUCGAUCCCCCGUUUGAGGCUCCUUUUUAGGGUCACGUGUUGAUUGGAGGAUUCAGUGUGCCAAUAAAAUACGCGGAGAUGUAUACCAAAAUAUGGGAAAGGUACGGACAUAUCGUAAUAACUAAAAGGAUCACCAGCCGAUUUGCGUUGAUUAAGCGUGUAGAAGAAGCCUUAUCCUCAACUCAUAACAUGUGCAAUGUAACAGGCCACACUAUUUCGGGAGAUGUAGUUUCGAGCUGGAAGUUUCACCGGGAUGUAUGUGUAGACUUUGAGUUUAACGUCUCCUGGUUCUGUGAUGGUUUUUCCGAGAACCAAAAGUUACAGGAUGAAGCGAUCGAAGGUCCCUCUGUGGAUGUGAUCAACCAACAUGAAGCAGAAGUCGAAAGGUUGUCACAUGAGUUGAAGCUGAAAUAUUCGGCUCUUCAAAGCGCGAAUGAUGCUUUCUAUGAGAAAUACAAACCAUUGCUGAAUGAUUUCCCUUGAAUAUUUUUUGUCUUCUGAACUUCCUUUGCUUAGAUUUUUUUUUGA